CAGGGCUCUGUGUUUAUUUUGGUUUUCAUGAAUUUGUAUCAAAUGCAAAACGAAAUGGAAAAUUGUAAAACAAACAACUGAAUGGAUAUUUGCUGAAUUUUAGACAAAUAUGUUUGAAAUCGAUAAAUAAGUCGUAAAAUUUAUAUAUCGGGGGGUAACGGGAGGAAAUAUUACCCAAACCUGAAACACAUUUGGAUACGGUUACAAUUGAGUGAAACAUGAGUCUGUGACAUUGAAAUGGUGAAAUACCCUCUAAAAACGAAAUAAAACUCGACUCAAUAACUGUUUCUUCUCGGACGCACGUGUUUUUUUUAAAAUAUGAGAAAUGCAUUUUGUGAUAUUAAAACCACCAGGAUGACCAAAAACACUUUGAAUGUACGGAAAUGGAUCAUCUAAACCAUAAAAUCUAAGUCACAUGGCAGCUGUUGUUGAUGAUGGACAUCUUGAAUAUUACACCUGGAAACAUCACCUGCUGACGAGUUGCCAGGAUGGAAGAUAGGACCGAAACGAGUACACCGCGCUUGUUGAAUCUUCCCUCGGAGACACUUUUACCCAUACUGUCACAUCUUAAUUUUGAUGACUUGAAAAGAUGUUCGGAGGUAUGUCGUCACCUGAAUGAACUCACCAAUGAUGAUGCUUUAUGGAAACAACAGUGCCACAUUCACUUCCUUCUUCAAACAUGUCCUAAGGAAAUCACUUGGAAGCAGCAAUUUCUCAACUACUUCACAGACUAUGGCUGCUGUAUAGAGCAGUAUAAAAAGGUUCGUCUGGCAUGGAACAAAAUUGAGGAGAUAAUACAGACACUGGAUCGACAGCUAGCUCCACAGUUGAACGGACCUGCAACAGAGGAUGAAAUACGAGCAGCAGAGAGCAGGAUGGGCUGCAGGUUCCCUGAUGAUCUUCGGUGUUCACUGAAACUACACAAUGGUCAGAGUGAGGAAGGCUUUGGACUCUGUGGAUGUAUCACUGUGUCAAGCUAUUUCCAGUCAGAAAAAUUACUGGAUUGUGACAUCAUGGCUAACUUUUUUAUGGAAGGAGGGGGAAAAGCCCUGGGCUGUGUGCCGAUCUCGUUUUGUAACAUGGCGCGGUGUUCUCAGCUGCUGGCAAUUCUUCCAACCGGAGGAUUCGAGUUGGGUCAGGUCUUCUACCUGGUGCCAGACAGCAGAUCAGACGAAGAUUUCGAUCAGUUUAUAACCGCCUCCUCAUAUGCAGAAUGGAUAACGGAGCUGGCUGACAGUCUCAGUGAUGUUUUCCCCAAAAUCCAAGGCAGUCACUUUCGCUUUGUUAAUGAUCCAAGCUGUGUCGCUGUCACGGACGAGGUUUUCACGGUGAAGGUUGCCACGUGUUUUAUAGCUGACCUCAGUAGUGUUCAUCCCCCGAACUUCCAGUACUCCUACAGAAUAACAAUGUCGAUGGCUGCCGAUGCUAGCCGCGACCUGUCCUGCCAGCUGGAGACUCGACACUGGGUGAUCACGGAUGAGGAUGGGAGGGAGGAGUACGUGGAUGGACCCGGAGUAGUUGGCGAGUUUCCGACCAUGACGCCGGGCAGUGAGUACUCCUGGGUCAGUUGUACAGCCUUCAGCACCACCUACGGCAACAUGAAAGGUUACUUCUCCAUGCGCAACCUUAAAACGGGUGACAGAGUCAACAUCGAAUGUCCGUGUUUCCAUAUGAAAUGUUUGCCUUAUGAACAUGCUCAACAGAGAAGAGAAAGACUGCUGGAGUUGAAGAAAGAAGUUUGACAUCGGUUGUAGUCUUCAUGUCACUUAUUGUCACUCGGGUGUGCAAUAAUCUUUUUCAGGCAUUCCUCGAUAAAUUACAUAUUUCAUUGCACAAACAGACCAGCUUGAAUAGCAACCACAUUGAAUGUGACACAUGACAGGGUUGUUUGUACAGAUCACAGUUUGUAUACCACACUACAUGACAUGGUUGUGAACACAGAUCACAGCUUGUAUACCACAUUGUACAUGACACGGUUGUGUGUACAGAUCACAGCUUGUAUACUACACUGUACAUGACAUGGUUGUGUGUACAGAUCACAGCUUGUAUACUACACUGUACAUGACAUGGUUGUGUGUACAGAUCACAGCUUGUAUACUACACUGUACAUGACAUGGUUGUGUGGACAGAUCACAGUUGUGUGGACAGAUCACAGCUUCUAUACUACUCUGUACAUGACAUGGUUGUGUGUACAGAUCACAGCUUGUAUACUACACUGUACAUGACAUGGUUGUGUGUACAGAUCACAGCUUGUAUACUACACUGUACAUGACAUGGUUGUGUGUACAGAUCACAGUUGUGUGUACAGAUCACAGCUUGUAUACCACACUGUACAUGACAUGGUUGUGUGUACAGAUCACAGCUUGUAUGUCACACUGUACAAUAAAUGGUUGUGUGUAUAGAUCACAGCUUGUAUACUACACUGUACAUGACAUGGUUGUGUGUACAGAUCACAGCUUGUAUACCACACUGUACAUGACAUGGUUGUGUGUACAGAUCACAGUUGUGUGUACAGAUCACAGCUUGUAUACCACACUGUACAUGACAUGGUUGUGUGUACAGAUCACAGCUUGUAUACCACACUGUACAUGACAUGGUUGUGUGUACAGAUCACAGUUGUGUGUACAGAUCACAGCAUGUAUACCACACUGUACAUGACAUGGUUGUGUGUACAGAUCACAGUUGUGUGUACAGAUCACAGCUUGUAUGCCACACUGUACAAUACAUGGUUGUGUGUACAGAUCACAGCUUGUAUACCACACUGUACAUGCCAUGGUUGUGUGUACAGAUCACAGUUGUGUGUACAGAUCACAGCUUGUAUACCACACUGUACAUGACAUGGUUGUGUGUACAGAUCACAGUUGUGUGUACAGAUCACAGCUUGUAUACCACACUGUACAUGACAUGGUUGUGUGUACAGAUCACAGUUGUGUGUACAGAUCACAGCUUGUAUACCACACUGUACAUGACAUGGCUGUGUGUACAGAUCACAGUUGUGUAUACAGAUCACAGCUUGUAUACUACAAUGUACAUGACAUAGUUGUGUGUACAGAUCACAGUUGUGUGUACAGAUCACCGCUUGUAUGCCACACUGUACAAUACAUGGUUGUGUGUACAGAUCACAGCUUGUAUACCACACUGUACAUGACAUGGUUGUGUGUACAGAUCACAGCUUGUAUGCCACACUGUACAAUACAUGGUUGUAUGUACAGAUCACAGCUUGUAUGCCACACUGUACAAUACAUGGCUGUGUGUACAGAUCACAGCUUGUAUACCACACUGUACAAUACAUGGAUGUGUGUACAGAUCACAGUUGUGUGUACAGAUCACAGCUUGUAUACCACACUGUACGUGACAUGGUUGUGUGUACAGAUCACAGUUGUGUGUACAGAUCACAGCUUGUAUACCACACUGUACAUGACAUGGCUGUGUGUACAGAUCACAGUUGUGUGUACAGAUCACAGCUUGUAUGCCACACUGUACAAUACAUGGUUGUGUGUACAGAUCACUGCUUGUAUGUCACACUGUACAAUACAUGGUUGUGUGUACAGAUCACAGCUUGUAUACCACACUGUACAUGACAUGGUUGUGUGUACAGAUCACAGUUGUGUAUACAGAUCACAGCUUGUAUACUACAAUGUACAUGACAUGGUUGUGUGUACAGAUCACAGUUGUGUGUACAGAUCACAGCUUGUAUGCCACACUGUACAAUACAUGGUUGUGUGUACAGAUCACAGCUUGUAUACCACACUGUACAUGACAUGGUUGUGUGUACAGAUCACAGCUUGUAUGCCACACUGUACAAUACAUGGUUGUAUGUACACAUCACAGCUUGUAUGCCACACUGUACAAUACAUGGCUGUGUGUACAGAUCACAGCUUGUAUACCACACUGUACAAUACAUGGAUGUGUGUACAGAUCACAGUUGUGUGUACAGAUCACAGCUUGUAUACCACACUGUACGUGACAUGGUUGUGUGUAAAGAUCACAGUUGUGUGUACAGAUCACAGCUUGUAUACCACACUGUACAUGACAUGGCUGUGUGUACAGAUCACAGUUGUGUGUACAGAUCACAGCUUGUAUGCCACACUGUACAAUACAUGGAUGUGUGUACAGAUCACAGCUUGUAUGCCACACUGUACAAUACAUGGCUGUGUGUACAGAUCACAGCUUGUAUGCCACACUGUACAAUACAUGGCUGUGUGUACAGAUCACAGCUUGUAUACCACACUGUACAAUACAUGGAUGUGUGUACAGAUCACAGUUGUGUGUACAGAUCACAGCUUGUAUACCACACUGUACGUGACAUGGUUGUGUGUAAAGAUCACAGUUGUGUGUACAGAUCACAGCUUGUAUACCACACUGUACAUGACAUGGCUGUGUGUACAGAUCACAGUUGUGUGUACAGAUCACAGCUUGUAUGCCACACUGUACAAUACAUGGAUGUGUGUACAGAUCACAGCUUGUAUGCCACACUGUACAAUACAUGGCUGUGUGUACAGAUCACAGCUUGUAUGCCACACUGUACAAUACAUGGCUGUGUGUACAGAUCACAGCUUGUAUGUCACACUGUACAAUACAUGGUUGUGUGUAUAGAUCACAGCUUGUAUACUACACUGUACAUGACAUGGUUGUGUAUACAGAUCACAUCUUGUAUACCACACUACAUGACAUGGUUGUGUGUACAGAUCACAGUUGUGUGUACAGAUCACAGCUUGUAUACCACACUGUACAUGACAUGGUUGUGUGUACAGAUCACAGUUGUGUGUACAGAUCACAGCUUGUAUACCACACUGUACAUGACAUGGUUGUGUGUACAGAUCACAGUUGUGUGUACAGAUCACAGCAUGUAUACUACAAUGUACAUGACAUGGUUGUGUGUACAGAUCACAGCUUGUAUGCCACACUGUACAAUACAUGGUUGUGUGUACAGAUCACAGCUUGUAUACCACACUGUACAUGACAUGGUUGUGUGUACAGAUCACAGUUGUGUGUACAGAUCACAGCUUGUAUACCACACUGUACAUGACAUGGUUGUGUGUACAGAUCACAGUUGUGUAUACAGAUCACAGCUUGUAUACUACAAUGUACAUGACAUGGUUGUGUGUACAGAUCACAGUUGUGUGUACAGAUCACAGCUUGUAUGCCACACUGUACAAUACAUGGUUGUGUGUACAGAUCACAGCUUGUAUGCCACACUGUACAAUACAUGGUUGUGUGUACAGAUCACAACUUGUAUACCACACUGUACAUGACAUGGUUGUGUGUACAGAUCACAGCUUGUAUGCCACACUGUACAAUACAUGGUUGUAUGUACAGAUCACAGCUUGUAUGCCACACUGUACAAUACAUGGCUGUGUGUACAGAUCACAGCUUGUAUACCACACUGUACAAUACAUGGAUGUGUGUACAGAUCACAGUUGUGUGUACAGAUCACAGCUUGUAUACCACACUGUACGUGACAUGGUUGUGUGUACAGAUCACAGUUGUGUGUACAGAUCACAGCUUGUAUACCACACUGUACAUGACAUGGCUGUGUGUACAGAUCACAGUUGUGUGUACAGAUCACAGCUUGUAUGCCACACUGUACAAUACAUGGUUGUGUGUACAGAUCACUGCUUGUAUAUCACACUGUACAAUACAUGGUUGUGUGUACAGAUCACAUCUUGUAUGCCACACUGUACAAUACAUGGAUGUGUGUACAGAUCACAGCUUGUAUACCACACUGUACAUGACAUGGUUGUGUGUACAGAUCACAGUUGUGUAUACAGAUCACAGCUUGUAUACUACAAUGUACAUGACAUGGUUGUGUGUACAGAUCACAGUUGUGUGUACAGAUCACAGCUUGUAUGCCACACUGUACAAUACAUGGUUGUGUGUACAGAUCACAGCUUGUAUGCCACACUGUACAUGACAUGGUUGUGUGUACAGAUCACAGCUUGUAUGCCACACUGUACAAUACAUGGCUGUGUGUACAGAUCACAGCUUGUAUGCCACACUGUACAAUACAUGGCUGUGUGUACAGACCACAGCUUGUAUGCCACACUGUACAAUACAUGGCUGUGUGUACAGACCACAGCUUGUAUGCCACACUGUACAAUACAUGGCUGUGUGUACAGACCACAGCUUGUAUGCCACACUGUACAAUACAUGGUUGUGUGUACAGAUCACAGCUAGUUGUGGUUCAAAACAUUUUUGACAGCUAUUCUUAUUCAUUAAAAAAUAUAUUUAUAAUAAUAUGGAUAAUAAAGAAAUCAUUACACUCAUGUGUGUGUUAUAUUGAUUUUACAAAACUCUGUCAGGAUUUAUGUUUUAACCUUGCUCUCGCUCAGGCAGUACAAGAAUCCUGACACUCGUUUCGUAUAACAAUCUAUCUACUCCAUUGUAAAUAUCUUCCGAGUAAAGUAAGAUGAAAAGUAAUAAAGUGGGAAAAAAGUGCUGUUUAUUUAAAACUUCAGGAAUAAUAUGUUAUAGUGGUCUAAUUUGAGACCUAGUAAUUAUUUGUUCAGUGAAUGGUACUGAACCAUAUUAUUGUGGUGAUGGUGUGGACUGGUGUACGAUCUUAUCUUAAAGACUCCACAUGAAGUGUUUGUGUUCUCCAUUUCAUACAUUAUUUUUGAAUAAAUGGAAUAUUUUGAUAUAGCAAAGUUUUAUUUAUUGCAAAUAUGUCAUUAUUUAAUAUUAAACCAUAUAUGAUUUAUAUAAAGUCGAAGUUCAGUCAUAACAUUUUAUGAUUAUUUGUUUUGUCGAAGUGGUUCAGAAAAAUAUUGAGCAAACUGUAAUUGUAAGGGUAAUAUCUUGGCAAACUAUAAUUAUAAAUUAUUGUUUAUCUCAGUGUGGAAUUUUGAAUGUUAGUAAUAAUAUAAGUCAUCUUUUGUAUAAGAUAGUGAUACGCAAUAUUGUGAUAAGUGGAGCAGGUUUUAUUGAUAACAAUACAUAUGUACACUAUUUUUGUUGAGAAUUGUUUGUUUGAUGUACAGUCUGUGCAGGAAUAUCUCUCCAAAUGUUAUAUUUGUAUUUGUACGACAUAAAACAAUAAAAUCAGUCUGAUUCAA